UAAUCUAACUGUACAUACUUUGGGGUGGCCUCAUGUCUCUCUCUAUAUCAAAAUCUUGUUUCUUUUUUGACUUUUAUAUUCUAAGUUUUAAUCUUUUUGCUGCUUCCUUUGUUGAAUGAACCAACACCAAAUACCAAACCAAACGGAACCUUAAAAUAAAUUUUUUCAAUCCUUUUUCCUUGUUUUCUUGGGGUUUUAGUCGGUUUCGAACCCUUCAAAACUCUUUCACAAAUCUCACCAGUUUUGAACCUAACGCACCAUUUUUCUUUCCAGGUUUCUCUCUUUCUUUAUCUCAUAACUCCAACUGCUUCUUCCUACAUUCUUUUCCUUUCAUGUUUUAUCAGCUUUUUUUCUCAUGGAAUUCGCUCUAUAGUGUCAUUGAAGAGUUGGAUAAAAGCACUGUUGCUCAAGCUGGAUCAUUCUGUAAAGAUAAGUGACUUAAUAAUCCUGCUGGAACAAACAAGUUAAACAGACGUGUUUCUAGUGCUUUACUGGAAGGAAAUUAAUUCGAUUCCCUUAUGGGUUAAAGGAAUAUUCGUUUCAUUAAAUUGCCUGCGUAGGGUUUACCUGGACAAUUAAUUUGAAGAAAUCAAGUAGAAUGCAAUUGGCAUAUAAAAAGGCUAUGAAGGCUAACAUCAAAGGGGCAGAUUUUGUUGAGAGAUCCUCGGAUAACAGCAUUAGGUAUUUGGUUCCCUAUAACUCAACGUCCUUGUCAAAAUCUGUUCAGUCAGAAGUGUGUUAGUCCAGCAUCUGUCGUAUUGUGUUCUUGUCAUAAACAGCGAGAGAUAAGAUUGUUCAGGGAAUGAUGGUUUCAAGAUCCUGUAUAAGUUUGUUGGACUUGGCAUCUGGGGACAUAUUUAAUCUCCCUCAAACUCCUAGAAAAAUUCAGCGGGUUAUGACAGUUCCUGGAAUUAUUUCUAAGGUAGAUGGUAACAGAAGCAAUGAUGGAGAUUUUGAUGCUCUCUCCUCUGAUGGCUGUGAAAAGAAAAUUAUUGUGGCAAAUUUUCUUCCUAUACAUGCUCAAAAAGAUUUGAAAUCUGGUCGAUGGUCCUUCAGUUUUGAUGAGGAUUCUCUUCUGUUACAAAUGAAGGAUGGCUUUUCAUCUGAUACUGAUGUUGUUUACGUGGGGUCCUUGAAGGUUGAUGUAGAUUCAAGUGAACAAGAUGAAAUUUCUCGAAGACUGUUAGAGGAAUUUAAUUGUGUGCCCACAUUUCUUCCUCCUGAACUUCAAAAAAAGUUCUACCAUGGGUUUUGUAAGCAAUAUUUAUGGCCGCUUUUUCAUUACAUGCUACCCAUGUGCCCAGACUACUGCAUUCGCUUUGACCGAUUGCUUUGGCAAGCUUAUGUUUCUGCUAACAAGAUAUUUGCAGAUAAGGUCAUGGAGGUCAUAAAUCCUGAAGAUGAUUUUGUAUGGGUUCAUGACUAUCACCUUAUGAUCCUUCCAACAUUUUUGAGAAAGCGUUUCUAUCGAGUUAAGCUUGGCUUUUUCCUUCACAGCCCAUUCCCUUCAUCAGAAAUAUACCGGACUCUGCCAGUCAGGGAUGAAAUUUUGAAAGCACUGCUUAACGCAGACUUGAUUGGUUUUCAUACAUUUGACUAUGCUCGCCACUUUCUUUCAUGCUGCAGCAGAAUGCUUGGCCUUGACUAUGAAUCCAAGAGAGGACACAUUGGACUUGAUUAUUUUGGUCGCACAGUCUACAUCAAAAUUUUGCCUGUCGGGAUUCAUAUGGGCCGACUCCAAUCUGCACUAAACCACCCAUCUUCUUCUACUAAGGUCAAAGAAAUUGUUGAGCAGUUCAAGGGGAAAAAGCUUAUUGUUGGUGUUGAUGACAUGGACAUAUUUAAAGGCAUUAGUCUAAAAGUAUUAGCUAUGGAACAGCUUUUACAGCAGCAUCGAGAGUUGCGAGGCAAAAUAGUUCUGGUUCAAAUUGUAAAUCCUGCAAGAAGCACUGGGAAAGAUGUUCAGGAAGCAAAAAGGGAAACAUACGAGACUACUAAAAGGAUAAAUGAUAAUUUUGGUUUUCCAGGAUAUGAACCAGUGGUCCUGAUUGACCGUCGUGUCCCUUUCUAUGAGAAGACAGCGUAUUAUGCUUUGGCAGAAUGUUGCAUUGUAAAUGCAGUGAGGGAUGGGAUGAACCUAGUCCCAUACAAGUACAUUGUCUGUAGGCAGGGGACUUCCAAAAUGGACGAAGCUUUGGAGAUUGCCUCUGAAUCACCUCGUAUGAGUAUGCUUGUUGUCUCAGAGUUUAUAGGUUGUUCACCAUCCCUAAGUGGGGCAAUCAGGGUUAAUCCUUGGGACAUUGAUGCUGUAGCUGAUGCAUUAAACAUGGCCAUCAGAAUGCCUGAUGUGGAGAAGCAAUUGCGGCAUGAGAAGCACUAUCGUUAUGUUAGUUCUCAUGACGUGGCUUAUUGGGCCCGGAGUUUUAUGCAAGAUUUGGAGAGGGCAUGCAAAGAGCAUUACAGCAAACGUUGCUGGGGCAUUGGUUUUGGACUGAGUUUCAGGAUUUUGUCUCUUUCUCCAAGUUUUAGAAAGCUUUCCAUUGACCAUAUUGUCUCUGCUUAUAAAAGGACAUGCAGAAGAGCAAUAUUUUUGGAUUAUGAUGGGACAGUGGUGCCCCAUGCUUCAAUUAUUAAAAGCCCGAGUCCUGAAGUAAUCUCAGUCUUGAACAAUCUAUGCAGUGACCCCAAGAACACUGUCUUUAUAGUCAGUGGUAGGGGGCAAAACUCCCUGAGUGACUGGUUUGCUCAAUGUGAGAAUCUAGGCAUAGCAGCUGAGCAUGGAUACUUCAUAAGGUGGAGUAGGAUGUCCGAUUGGGAAACCAUUCCAAUUGCUGCAGAUUUUGAUUGGAAAAGAAUUGCUGAACCAGUGAUGAAAUUAUAUACGGAGGCAACUGAUGGCUCCUAUAUAGAGCCCAAGAAGAGUGCCUUAGUAUGGCACCAUCAAGAUGCUGACCCUGAUUUUGGAUCUUGUCAAGCGAAGGAACUGUUAGAUCACCUAGAAAAUGUCCUUGCCAAUGAACCUGUUGUUGUGAAGAGGGGCCAGCAAAUUGUAGAAGUGAAGCCUCAGGGAGUUACCAAAGGCUUUGUUGCAGAGAAAAUUCUUUCCACAAUGAUAGGUAAUGGGAAGCUACCAGAUUUUGUGAUGUGCAUUGGUGAUGAUAGAUCUGAUGAAGACAUGUUUGAAAGCAUAUCAAAUACGGCUUACAGAUCAUCUCUCCCUGUUCCUCCUGAAAUUUUUGCUUGUACUGUUGGUCAAAAACCAAGCAAAGCUAGGUAUUAUUUGGACGAUACUGUUGAGGUACUAACAUUACUUCAAGGCUUGGCUGCUUCUUCAAGCUCAAAGUCAAGGAGCAACAUAGAAACUCAAGUUUCUUUCGAAAGUUCUGUUUGAAACUUGAAGUUUGUUUCUUAUGCAUUGAAUUAGACUGGGAGGCAGAUUUGCAUGGAAUUGACUUGGUGUCGGUUAAGAUGGUUGAACUUUCUUUUGCUAUGACUUGGAUGGAUUCACUUAAAGUCCGUAGUUGGUAUAAGAUUUAUUCAAUGGUGGCUUACGGCCUGACAGCUUUAUUUACAGAAAUGGAAACACAGAUGCUAGUGAUCAUGGUGAACUUGUUGGUGGCUUUGGAGAUAAACAAUCACUGGACUUUUACUCUCUCUAGAUAUUUUGAUAGGUGGCUGCUGGUUGGUGUAAGUAUUUUCGGAUGCAGAGCGGAUACUUCUCGAAGUUAGAUGUUAUCAUAGAUAGUCUCACUGACAUGAAGGACAUCAUUUGAAUUGUGUACAAAUACAGGUUUUAGUCAAUACAUGAAAUGCAUUCUGAAUUCUGAUAUCGAAAUAUAGUGGAUUGGUCCAUUCUGUAAUUGCGGUUUCUCCCUCUUUUACAAUGUGAAACAUGUUCUUAGCGAAGUUGGGAGAGAUCAUGUACAUAGUACUUGCAAAUUGGCAGAUCAUUUUGAGCACACGCUCCAUGUUCCAUAAA